AUGCGUUGCAAGUGCCAGUACAACAACGACACUGGUACAGAUGAGAACCCUACAACAAACUGCGAAAUGUGCGGUAGGGAGCUAGCCAUAGGCGUUUAUUUCUCCGAGGAACAGCCCACCCCCGACAGAUGGAAGGCCAAGCCCAAGGACUCCAAGCUCAAGGACUCUAAGCCUAAGGACUCCAAAUCAGAGGAUUCCAAGGCAAGCGAUUCCAAGUCGAAGUCCAAUGACGAUCGGGAUUGA